AUGAGUGAUCCCGUCGAGCCUAAACCGGCGGAAUCCAAGGCGCAUGAUGGCGCUGUAGACACGGAGAAAGAGGUGCGGGUAGAGAAUGCUGGCGGGGAUAACAUUGACGAGAAGGCGGACCACCAAUUCGACGAAAAUGCGAAAGUCGCCGAUUAUAAGGCGGAUGCUAUCGAAGCAGAGAACGCGGAGCAUAACAUGACAGUGCUCGAGGCUGUUCGCGCGUAUCCCAUGGCUUCCUUUUGGGCGUUUGUUAUGUCUUUCACUAUUAUCAUGGAGUCGUACGAUGUCUUCCUUUGCAACAACUUCCUCGCUCUAGGUGCAUUCAGAGCAAAGUACGGCCAGCCCGUCGAUGAUAUCCCAGAGAACAAUGUCAUCGUCACCAAGUGGCAGUCUGCGCUUUCAGUGUCUGGGCAGCUCGGCGCCCUUAUUGGCGUCUGUCUCGCGGGCUACCUCACCAGCUGGCUCGGAUAUCGCUACGCAACCCUGACCGGUCUGAUGCUCCUAAACGUCUUCAUCUUCGCCUUUUAUUACGCCGAAUCAAUGCCCGUCAUCUUCGCGGCCCAAAUUCUCGAGGGCAUCCCAUGGGGCAUCUUUAUUGCCAAUGCGCCGGCAUACUGCAGUGAAAUUGUGCCUAUCCCUCUCCGAGCCCCCUGUACCCAGAUGCUUCAGAUGUUCUGGGCUAUUGGCAGUAUUGUUGUUGGUGCUGUGACCUACACUUACCAAGGUGUUCCGGGAUCUACAUCCUAUAAGAUCCCCAUCGCCCUUCAAUGGAUGUUUCCCACCCCGCUGGCCAUCUUAAUAUUCCUAGCCCCUGAGUCGCCGUGGUGGCUGGUUCGAAAGGGACGUCUGCAAGAGGCAGAGCACGCCGUUGGGCGCCUUGGGCGGAGGUCCAGGCUUAACACUGGUGAGACCGUCGCUAUGAUGCGCCGUGUUGUUGAGCUUGAGGCCACCUCUAAGCCACCCAGCUACAUUGAGCUCUUCAAAGGUACUGACCUUUAUCGUACCCUCAUUGUGUGCGGUGUAUAUGCUGCCCAGAAUCUCACGGGCAAUCUCAUCGCCAACCAAGCCGUGUAUUUUUUCGAGCAGGCCGGUAUGAGUAAUAAAACCGCUUUUGCCAUGGGUCUUAUCACCUCGGCUUUGCAGAUGAUCUUUGUUAUGCUUUCUUGGAUUCUCACCACGUACCUUGGCCGACGAACUAUCUACCUCUGGGGCUCGGCUAUUAAUGUUAUAUUCCUCGUCGCCCUUGGUGUUGCUGGGUCUGUUGGCAAGAGUAAUUCGAGCUCUCUAGCCCAAGCUUCUCUGGGUCUUAUUAUCUCCGUGCUCUUUACAUUGGGACCUGCUCCUGCUUCCUGGGUUAUUAUUGGUGAGACAUCGGCUAUCCGCCUUAGGCCUCUGACAACUGGAGUGGGCCGCGCUGCGUAUUAUAUCGUCGAAUUCCCUUGCAUCUUCUUGGCAAGCUGGAUGCUCAACCCAGAGGGAGGAAACCUCGCUGGCAGGUGUGGUUACGUUUGGGCUUCGACAGGUUUGGUCUGUUACAUUCUGGCAUACUUCUUCUUGCCCGAGAUGAAGCACCGAUCCUACCGUGAGAUCGACAUCUUGUUCAAGCGGAAGGUUCCCGCUCGAGAAUGGAAAAAGACUCAGAUUGAUGUUGAUGACGACGAGUAG